CGCGAAUUCGGAGUGUCGAGCGAAUAUAUUUCGUGAUUAAAUUAGGUGCUUCCAAGGAGCAAAAUUAAUUUUCGGAUUAGUAGCAAAAUUAAAACGUCUCAUAGCGAUUAAAUUUGAUUCAUAAAAAGACCACAUGAGCGAAAAAUAGGCAAAUACAAGUUUGGUAAAUUUUAAGAAUUUAUUUGAAAUUGACAGGCGCUGUUGCCAACAUAGGAAAAACGUCAAAUUAACCCGAAAAUCCCUCAAAAAUCAUCUAGGAUUUUUAGAUUUUGGUCAUUUUGGAUCAUUCACUCCCUAAACCUGUUCAUUCUUUUGUUAGGGUAUUAAAGCUUUGAAUCUUUCGUCUGUCUGAUCCUGUCGUUUUGGUUUUGUGACUCAAGUUAACACUGUUAACAGUUUUGCAAAAGUUGCGAAAAUGGAAACGGACGAAAGUUCUAAUCGUACAAAAGCAGAACCACCUAUCGAUAAAAAAAGUGCUCCAAACUCUGAUGUGAUUUCACUAACUUCCUCAGAUGAUGAAGAAGAGACAAUUUCCAGUAGUAAUCAAAAAAAGAGAUUUAAAAUAAGCCCUGUUGAAAAUUUACCUCACAUAUCUUUGACGCCUGUGAGAAACACUCCGGAUGUUGUAUUGGAUGUAUUGGACUCCGACGAUGAAAAACCUGAGAUUAUUGAAAGUUCAAAUAAAGUGUACAAGAUAAGUGAAAGUUCAAGUAAAAAUGGUACCACAGGCAAGGGAGAUAGUCGACCAAAGGAAAAGAACAAGGUAAAAAAUCCCUUGAACGCAUUACUGAAAAAAAAUGGAAUAACUGUACGUCCAAAAGGUGAUGUUGUGUCCGUAUUAAUUGAAAGUGAUUCAGACAUUGAAAGAAAUGAAAAAAAGCGGAAAAACUUAGAUAAAGAAGCAAAUAAAAGAAGUGAUAAUGAUGAAGACAACAAAUGCUGGAAAAGAAAUAAUGAAAACGGAAAGCGAAAGCGUAAUGGAACUCAUAAAGAUACCACAGAAGAGGCUGACAUCUCAAUGAGAUCGCAUGAUAAGGAUGAGAGCAUUAUAAUUCCUGACUCUGAUGAUGACACAGAAAAAGAGAAUCAUUGUGAAAAUGAUUUUGAACCAUUUCCCGUUAACAUGGACAAGACCACCACUAGUGAUGCUGAUGCUAUAACACAAGAAGAAUCCAGAACUUAUUUCAAAAAAUUCCUCAAAUUAGUUGAAGAAAAAAUUGUAGACUCUACAUUUGAGGAAAUUUUACCGAAAAAAGUACCCAUAUUGGAAAAGUACUUCAAAAAAUGUGGUUCUCACGUAUACGGAGAAAAAUUUAAGAAGAUUUUAAUUGAAGUCAUUGAAAACAUUCAAACAUCUCCAAAUACCAAAGCAGCAAAGGUGACCGUGUUGGCUUUUCAUCAAGUUUUCGACUUCUUGAGAACGCACGUGGAUGGUGCGGCAAUAACAGUCGAGGAAGAUAAUUAUCCCAAAAUAAAAAAACUGGAGAAAACUAUAAAGUUAUUGAAGAACAAAAUUAAACAGUUGGAUGAAGCUGAAGUUAAUUUAAAUGAUGAUAAUGAUAGCGAUUCUGCAUAUAUUUUGGUUGAUAAAUAUCUCGCUCGUCUCAACAAAGUAUAUGCUAAAUAUUGCCAGUAUAUUGGUAGAAACCCUCGUAGUGGAUUAGCAAAUGAUAAAAUUCACUAUGUAAAAUCAAAGUAUGAUGAAAUUAAUAGUGCUUUAACUAAAAAAUAUCGAGCCCAUUCAAAUGUUCCAUCCUAUUAUGAGCUGAAAAAAUUUAUUGAGAAAGUGGCGCAAAAGGCAAACUUAAGUUUAUCAGAGCAAGAACUGAACAGAGAAACUGAAACUAGUUUUCUAUGUUUGGGGGACUUGAAGCAGAAAAAACGCAAGAAUGAUCUUUGGGUUGGACAUUUAGAUAUAAUAGAAUAUAAUGAAGAUCCUGCUGCAAGUGAUACUUCAUUAGAUAGUUUACUUAGAAAAAAUUACACGGAAGGAAAGGAGAAGAUUGAUAAAAUUUUCGAUUUGUAUGUGAAGAAACAAGAUCAGGGAGAAGAUUACGAGUCUGCUCAUGAAGGUGAAUCUUCUGAGGGAAGUGAUGGAGAACAAGAUGAAAAUAAUGAAGAAGAUAAAAACGAGGAAAGCAUUGUAGAAAAAACUGAUGAAAACAAAGAAAAUAAAAGUGAGACUAUCAAGAUGGAUAAAGGAAAAAGUCUGAUGAAUGGCAAUAAAACUGUUAAAAAGAAAAGUAGACAGAUAACUGAGGAAAGUAAUGAAACACACACCAAUGCUACUGAUGUUAGUGAUAAGGUGGAAGAAAAAACUGAUGUCAAUGAUAAGGUGGAAGAAAAAACUGAUGUCAACAAUGAAGAAAUAACAGUGGACAAUUGUGAAGAAGAUACCACAGAUAUGAGUCUAAAAGACAAAGAGGAUGUAAUGGAAAUAGCUUAAUUAAGUAUAUUGUAUCAUGUUUUUGAAAUCUUGAUCUUUUAUAAUUUUGAUUAUUGAUUAUUAUUGUUCACUACUUUCUUUGCAACUAUAUGAUUUAUAGAUGUUUUUGCAAAAUAGCUACAUUGUUUCUAGAGAUUUUGUACAAUUAUAGUACCUAUUUCAAAUAAAUAAUAUAUUUAGUAGAGAGUUACUAUUAGUUGAUGCAUGAAUCAACA